AUGGAGGCAGCAGUAUUGGUGAUUGUUGGAGAGUGGUUAUGCAAGGAUGACGGAGAAUGGCAUUUUCGUAUUUCGAAGGACGUCUUUGGUAAGUGUGUGGACGUUGGACCCGAAGACAAGUAUGUAAACAUAAAGCAGAGAGUUUUUGAAGCUUUUGGCAUAAAUCUGGUAAAAGAGCGUGCGAUGUUAAGUUUUUGGUCGGACGACGGUGACCUUGUGUUCACGCAAUUGAGGAUGCCUCCCGUGGCCAUAGACGGUGAUAGUGGGUUGUGCAAAUUCAAGAAGAAAAGGGACCAAAAGCAUGGAUUGAAUAUGUAUUUAACAAUUACCCAAUGUCAUGAUGUUGUGGCUUGCGGUGGUGAGGUAGCGGUGAACGGAGGAGUAGAUGAAACAUGGAUGACUUUGAACAGUCUAGAAAACUUCGAAGACAGAAGAGUGGUGAAAGCAGUGGAAGAUGAAAUCCGCGGUUACGGUGGCGGGACAAGUAGGCAGGUUAACAAUAGCAUUGUGGAGGAAGAACUGGUUGAUUUGUUUGUCGUCUCCCUGACGUAUGAGAACGACGAAUUUCUAGAAGAGGUGGACGAAAUUUUCCGUUCAGCUAGUAAGAGAAAUGUGGUAGAUAUUGUGGAAAGAGUAACNGAGGACAGAAAUACUGUAGUCGGGGACAACAAUGGAAAAUGGAAGAGGGAUUGGUUAGCAAGAAGUGGUGUUAGCGGUAGUGAUAUUACCGGCAGUUGUUCUGAAGAAUACGAUUUCGAACAGAUGCGUAACCUGAUUGAUACAGAAUAUCCCCGUNAUUGGGAUCCAGAAAACCCAUUGAACGAUGUAGUGAGUGAUAUCGGGGACAGCAAUAGUGCUCCUCCAGUCAUGGAGGACAAUAUUGUGUUUGUUAAUUUAGUGGUGGAAGACAGUACUGAAGAAAAUAAUGUGUUUGGUAAUAUAAUGGGAGAAGACAGUAGGGUGCCUGAAAAUGUGGAUGUGCAGCAAUAG